AUGAAAGAGUCUAAACGAAAAAAUUUACAUUAAACAUUUGGAAAGGCUGAUCGCUUUCCAAAAUAGCAGUUCUUCUGCGAAAACUUUGUCAUCAGUGAGCCUAGUCAAAUAAAAAGAUUUCCAGGCCCUAGCUUCCCAAAAGGUUAACGAAUUGCCUUCCAUCGGAACUAACAAACUCCAGGACCUGGAAACUAUAAUAUCUGCGACGUGAAAGUAAUUAGGGGCCAACUUGAAAAACCUUAUAAAGUGAACAAGGAAUUUUUAGAUUAUAUGAAUUCAAGACCCAAGUCUGUUUAACAUAGCAAUCCAGGACCGGGUACAUACGAAUUAGGUUCCACUUUACAAAGUAGGGGAAUAUCAUUCACUAGAUCAAGAAUUGCUAGUGUGAGAAUUGCGUAAUCUCCUGGGCCUGGAUAAUACACAAUUAGUAGGCCAAUUUCUAGAGUUUAGUGA